UCGAACCCACGAACGUGAGCUCUGACCUGAGCCGAAGCCGGAGGCGUAGCCGUCGAGCCCCCCAGGCGCCCCGGUCAUCAGCUUGCAAAUAGGCAGUCCAUCGUCGUUAGCUGUGGUCACUUUGCUGCGUGUUAAUGCCGUCCCCCAGGAUGUAUUUACUGUAUUUACUUUAUACCUGGAGCUUUGGGCUUCGUGACCCUCCUGACCCGUUUCACAAGCCCCCCGGCCUCUGGCAGCCGCGGCUCUUGCCCGGUUGUGAUUCACGUCUCAGCUCAAGUGCCCGCCAGUCCUCCCUGACGCGGUGCUCUCGGACUCCAUCGUGUUACUGGUCUCGUUAGUGCUUUAUUCUCUGUGUGGCAUUUGAUGUUACCUGAAGGUUUUCUUUGUUUUGUUUUGUUAAUGUAAACUCUGCGAGAGCAAGAAUCUUGUCUGUCUGGUUGACCGUUGUGUCCUCUGAGCCUGGACUAGAGCCUGGUGCCCAAACAAAGCUCCAGAAUUUGUGUCAAAUGAAUGAAUAAACCUUCUGGCACAUGUCACAUCUGGCAAAAAAAGCGUGUGGGCCAUAUAAUGGUAGAUUACUUUUUACCGUUUUUUUAUUUUUGAGAGCGAGAGGGAGAGAACAUGACCGGGGGAGGGACAGAGAGAGAGAGAGGAUCCAAAGCAGAGAGCCCACGAGGGGCUCAGCCUCCCCAGCCUCGAGAUCAUCAUUGAGCGGAAGGCAGACACUGAACCGGCUGAGGCGCCCAGGAGUUUUUCACCGACAGCCUGUGGGGCACACUCCCGUGCUCGUGGCGGGAAGCGCUGGACGGCCUGACCCCGCCCCAGCUGGCCGCGCAGCUGCUGGGGAUGCCGGGCGAGGGGGAAGCAGUGAGACCCCCUCAGAGUUCCUGGAGAACCCCAGCCAGAGCUCCCGCCUCACAGCGCCCUUCCGGAAGCACGUCAGGCCCAAGAAGCAGCACGAGAUCCGGAGGCUGGGGGAGCUGGUGAAGAAGCUGAGCGGCCUCACAGGCAGCACCCAGGUCGUGGAUAUAGGCUCAGGCCAGGGCCAUCUCUCCCGAUUCAUGUCCCUGGGGCUGGGGCUGACGGUGAAGAGCAUCGACGGGGACCAGAGACUGGUGGAGCGGGCCCGGCGCCUGGACCGGGAGCUCCUGCAGGCCCUGGAGAAAGAGGAGAAGAGGAAGCCCCAGGUGACCCAGGCCGGCCCUCGCUGCUCCCCGCACCACGUGGUUAGGUGGGUAGAGCCCACGGCCCUGUGCCAGGAGCUGCUGCUUCCGCUGGAGACCCGGCCUGGCCACGGGGCCCGCCUGCUGCUGACGGGCCUGCAUGCCUGCGGGGACCUGAGCGUCGCCUUGCUGCGCCACUUCUCCUGCCCCGAAGUGGUGGCCCUGGCCUCGGUGGGCUGCUGCUACAUGAAGCUGAGCGAGCCCGGCGGCUACCCACUGAGUCGGUGGGUGGCGGGGCUGCGGGGCUCUGAGCUGCCCUACAGGCUGCGGGAGGGCGCCUGCCACGCGCUAGAGGAGUAUGCGGAGCGGCUGCGGCGGGCGGGCCCCGGCCUGCGCACCCACUGCUACCGGGCGGCGCUGGAGACGGUCAUCCGGGCUGCCCGGCCCGAGCUGCGACGGCCCGGUGUGCAGGGGAUCCCCAGGGUCCACGAGCUCAAGAUCGAAGAAUACGUGCAGCGGGGGCUGCUGCGCGCGGGGCUGGACCCCCAGCUGCCACUGGACCUGGCUGCGCUCCGGGCCCACCAGGCCCAGGAGGACCGGGUGGUGGCCUUCUUCAGCCUGGCCCUGCUCCUGGCCCCACUGGUGGAGACCUUGAUCCUGCUGGACCGGCUGCUUUACCUUCAGGAGCAGGACUUCCAUGCUGAGCUCCUGCCCAUCUUUAGUCCUGAACUCUCUCCCAGAAACCUGGUUCUGGUGGCCACCAAGAGGCCCCUGGGUGAGGCCUUCUCUCUUCUGGAAACUGAAGACAGCUGACCACUGCCACCUGGAGCCCCCCUAGAUGCCAGCCUGGGUGGCAGCCUGAUCCCUUGCCCUGAGGACCAGCCUCCAAGGUCCCUGGAACCCUGGCCUCUCUCUCCACAUAUUAACGUAAUACUGUGUACAAGUUUAUUUUUAAUUUAUUAAAUAGUGAAAUCUUUA